AUGGAGUCAUCUAGGGGGCCCCCAAGGGUCAAGAACAAGGCCGCUGCGCCUGUUCAGAUCAGCGCCGAGCAGCUUUUACGAGAAGCUGUUGACCGGCAAGAAGUUGGAGUUCAAGCGCCCACUCAGCGCUUCGCUGAUUUGGAAGAGCUUCACGAAUACCAAGGAAGGAAGAGAAAGGAGUUCGAGGACUAUGUGCGACGAAACAGACUCAAUAUGAACAACUGGAUGCGCUAUGCGCAAUGGGAGCUCGAGCAGAAGGAGUUCAAGCGCGCCGAGUCUAUCUUUGAGCGCGCUCUCGAUGCCCACCCCAAUAAUGUCCAGCUGUGGGUUCGUUAUAUUGAGUCAGAGAUGAAAUCGAGAAACAUCAACCAUGCGCGGAACCUACUAGACAGAGCCGUGGCACGCUUGCCACGAGUCGACAAGAUCUGGUACAAAUAUGUGUACAUGGAGGAGAUGCUGGGCAACAUUCCCGGUACACGUCAAGUCUUUGAUCGAUGGAUGCAAUGGAGGCCAGACGAGGCCGCAUGGAGUUCCUACAUCAAGCUGGAGAAGCGAUACGGCGAAUUCGAACGAGCACGAGAGAUCUUUCGCACUUUUACCAUGGUCCAUCCUCACGCCCGGAACUGGAUCAAAUGGGCCAAAUUCGAAGAGGAAUACGGCACUAGCGAUCAGGUUCGGGAAGUAUUCGGCGAAGCACUCGAGACACUGCAGGCGCUGGGUGACGAAUUUGUCGACGAGAAAUUGUUCAUUGCCUAUGCUCGAUUCGAGGCCAAGCUAAAAGAGUAUGAGCGCGCUCGAGCGAUAUACAAGUACGCCGAGAAGCUUUUACCGAAAUCCAAGUCGAUGAUUCUCCAUAAGGCUUACACAACCUUCGAGAAGCAAUUCGGCGAUAAGGAUGGGGUAGAGGACGUUGUUCUGUCCAAGAGAAGAGGGCAUUACGAAGAACUAAUCAAAGAAAACCCCAAGAACUACGAUGCUUGGUUCGACUACGCAAAGCUCGAGGAAACUUCUCAAGACUCGGACCGAAUCCGAGACGUAUACGAGAGAGCAGUUGCUCAGGUUCCCCCGACACAGGAGAAGCGACAUUGGAGACGAUACAUCUAUCUAUGGAUUUUCUACGCCAUAUGGGAAGAGAUGGAAGGCCGGGAUAUAGAGCGGACAAGGCAGAUCUACAGCACAUGCUUAGGUCUGAUCCCACACAAGCGGUUUACAUUUGCUAAAAUCUGGCUGAUGGCGGCACAAUUUGAGAUUCGACAGGGCGAACUUACUGCGGCGCGAAAGCUUCUCGGACGUGCCAUCGGCAUGUGCCCCAAGGACAAGAUCUUCAAUGGCUACGUCGAUUUGGAGCGCAAGUUGUUUGAGUUCGUGCGUUGCCGUACCCUCUACGAGAAGCAUAUCGAAUUCAACCCUGCCAACUGCCAGACCUGGAUCAAGUUCGCGGAGUUGGAGCGUGGUUUGGAUGAUCUGGAUCGCACACGCGCCAUCUUUGAGCUUGCAGUUCGGCAACAACAGCUUGAUAUGCCCGAACUGCUGUGGAAAGCAUACAUCGAUUUCGAGGAGGAAGAAGGCGAAUAUGAGAACACACGGGAGUUGUACGAGCGUCUUCUGGAGAAAACGGAUCACGUCAAGGUCUGGAUCAGCUACGCACACUUCGAAAUCAACAUCCCCGAAGGAGACGAAGAAGAAGGAGACGAGGAGCAGCCAGUCAGCGAAGAAGCCAAGGCAAGGGCACGCAAGGUAUUCACGCGCGCGCACAAGAGCAUGCGAGACCGGGACCUCAAGGAAGAAUGCGUGUCACUCCUUAACGCCUGGUUAUCGUUCGAGCGUACUCAUGGCUCUGCAGAGGAUGUCGAGGCGGUGCAGAAACAGAUGCCACGCAAGACCACGAGACGGCGAAAGCUCGACGAUGACUCGUGGGAGGAGUACAUUGACUACGUCUUCCCUGCCGACGACAAGCAAGCAGCCAAUUUCUCCAACCUUUUCUCCAAGGCGCAGAGCUGGAAGCAGGCAGGAGGAGCGCUCGACGCAUGA